GCGAGUAGUCGGUGGGUCUCACUGAGUCUCGGUUUUUAACAUUGCUGAUUACAAAGUACAAUGGAAGAAGGAGUUGCCGUUGAAGAAAAAGAAUGUUCACACGAUGAAGAACAAACCAAGGGCAACCUGAAGGUUACCUCGCCAGAGGACGUCGAGCACAUCACUCGCAGACAGACAUCCCCAAAUGGGACGGCACCUUCGAGAGGAGAUGCCAAAGGCAGCCGCGCUGCCCCACGCAGACACACAUUAGGGGGAGCACGCAGCUCCAGAGAGAUCCUGGGUAUGCAGCCGGCAGACAUGGAUAAGAAGAGGGAGGCCUUUCUGGAGCAUCUGAAGCAGAAAUACCCCCACCACGCCUCCGCCAUCAUGGGACACCAGGAAAGGCUGCGAGAGCAGAGCAGAAGCCCAAAACACGGGCCUACCCCCCAGCACAGUGUUGGCGACCAGGCUGACCACUUGUCCCUGGCCUCCCUGGAGUCGUUGGAAGCCAUGUCUGAGUCCGACACACCCUCAGCCUUCACCCGUGGUAGCCGGGUUCGUGCCAGCCUGCCAGUGGUGCGCUCAACCAACCAGACUAAAGACCGCUCACUAGGUGUGCUGUACCUACAGUACGGGGACGAGACCAAACAGAUCCGCAUGCCCAAUGAGAUCACAGGCAUCGAUACGGUCAGAGCUCUGUUUGUUAGUGCCUUCCCGCAGCAGCUCACCAUGAAGAUGCUGGAGUCCCCCAGUGUAGCCGUAUACGUCAAAGAUGACAUGAGGAAUAUGUACUACGAGCUCACCGAUGUCAGGAACAUCACAGACCACUCCUGCCUGAAGGUCUACCACAAAGACCCAGCACAAGCGUUCAGCCACGGGACCAGACCUGCCAACGGCGAUGCCAGAAUGCAUGGCGACAUGGUGCUGGCCAGUCGUGAUGGCCAUCCUCCUCUGCGACAGGGUUCCAUUGGUCCUCCAUCACAUCACCCCAUGUCAGGGUCACUUCCCCCAACACCCCACACCUUGCCCCCUUCCUCAUCCAGAAUCCCAUUUGGUCCACGGCAGAGCUCCUUACCUGGUACCGCCACUAUUCCAAAAGACCGGCUGUCUAGCGCCAAUCCUCAGGCCCGCUCUGCCUCACCCUGUCCCAGCGCCAUCCUUGAGAGACGAGAUGUCAAGCCAGAUGAGAACAUGGGUGGGAAGAGCCACAGUCUGACCAGGGGAAAUGAAGGGCUUUACGCAGAUCCUUACCUACUGCAAGAGGGAAGAUUGAGUAUGGCUUCUUCCCAUGGAGUGCACCAAAAUACAGGACUUGAUGGUCCAGAUCACGGCCUGGGCGGAUUUCACCGUGCCUCAGUCCGCUCCACGGGCUCUUACAGUGGGCCCAGCCCCACAGACUGUGUUGAUCACCCCUCUCUGUACAGACAGAAGUCCAGAAACAGUCAACUGCCUACUUUGGGCUCCAAGACUCCUCCUCCAUCCCCACAUCGAAUGGCUGAUAUACGAUUGAUUGACAUCCAUGGUGGACCUCCUCAUUGUGUACCACCCCAUGGUGUUCCUCCCCAUGGUGUACCGCCCCAUGGUGGACCUCCUCAUUGUGUACCACCCCAUGGUGUUCCUUUGGAACGAAGCUCACCUGUGCGCCAGUCAUUCAGGAAGGAGGAAGUAACAGGAGCCAAGCCCCGGAACAGUAUUGGUUCACCUGUGCUUUCAGACAUCCAGGGUCACGUGACAGGACCCAUACCAGCAGCCAAUGACCAGCAAACACGAGAGCGAAUGAAGGCUAUGGAGCAACAGAUUGCCAGCUUGACUGGUCUUGUUCAGCAUGCACUUUUAAAGGGGCCAAACACUAGUGGCACCAAGGAACCUGGAAGUGAGAGACCCCCGAAGACAUCAUCUCCAUCCCACGGCACACAUAGCACAGGUGGUUCUCCAAUCUUGGGUCCGAAGAGUACUACGGCAUUGUCAGACAAGGGCUCGGUCUCCCUCAAAGUCAACCUUGCACAGUUCAGGAAAAAUGUAUCAGAUCUCCGGUUGCAGCUCCAUCAGAUGAGACAAAUGCAGCUCCAGAACCAAGAAUCAGUACGACUGCAGCUGAAGCGGGCAGAGCAAGAAAUCAGCAGUAAGCUAGCAGAGGCUAUGCGCCAUCUGGAAGACCCGGUUCAGAAGCAGAGGGUUUUGGUCGAAGAGGACAGGCAUAAGUACUUGGGUCUAGAGGAGCGUGUCCUCACCCAGCUUGGGGACCUGGAGCAGUACGUGGCCUGUCUGCAGAAAGACUCGACAGCGACACACAGAGUGGUGACGCUGAGGGAUGUCGAGGAGGGAGCGGUCACUCUCAGGAAGGUCGGAGAAUCUCUGGCAGGGCUCAAAGGAGAAUUUCCCACCCUACAGACCAGGAUGCGGGCUGUGCUCAGGGUGGAAGUUGAAGCCGUCAAGUUUUUAAAGGAGGAGCCCCAUAAACUGGACAACAUGCUGAAAAGGGUCAAGAGCCUCACUGAGACACUCAGCAGUCUGAGAAGAUCUGCUUCUGAAGGCAUUCAGAAAGGACCAGAUUCUUAUGAUCAAGUAGAUGCCAGUUCUUCAGCAGUGACAGAGGCUCUUUCAGACGUUCCUCUAAUAUUGGCCCAACCUGGUUCCUCCUCAGUCCUUCCUGAACCCCAAAGCUCCACUAUCAGAUCAGAGGUGAUGCCUGCCUCCCCCGUCAUCAUACAUCAUGUCCAGAGUUCCCCGGUCCACAUACAGCAGUCUCAGCAGUCUGCAGCCCUCAGCACCCAGCCAAGUCCUCCACUGACGCCCAGUCCCACUCACAACCCCAGUCCCAGCCCAAUGCAGAGCCAAGGCCAAGAAUCCUCCAAGGCUGCAGCUUUUGAGCCACCAAUUUCUCCUCGUGACAAGAAGAAUAACAGCAAUGGCACUGCCAGCCAGGAUCUUGUCAUAGAUGAACUCCUGAACAGUCAGGAUAAGAACAAAAACAGAGCUGUGUUCAUUGAGGCUGCAGAGAAGGAGUGGAAGGAGAAGAGGCAGAACAUGGGUCACUACGAUGGAAAAGAGUUUGAGAAGAUUCUUCAGGAAGCCCAGGCUAACAUGAUGAAGGGAAUUCCCAGUCUGGAAGUGGAAGACAAGCCAACACUGCCCCCUGCUGCUUGUAAAGAUAAAGCAGACAUUCACAGCCCUGUGGGAUCUCCAUCAGAAGAGACCGAGCCUGAAUCAGGCAAACCAGCUAAGAAGGGAUCUGAGAAACUCACUAAACCUGUGUCAGAGAAACCAGCCACACUUGCACUGGAAAGAACCUCCAAGACUGGCACAGAGCGGCUCUCCUCCAUGAAGCCCGCACCCACAGACAGUUUUUCAAAAGCGGUGUCAGAAAAAGCCAACAAAUCCCCACCGCCGCCUCCUCCCAGGAAGCCCUACUCCUGCUCUAGCUCAGGCAUGACCACCACACGCUCUGGAGAGGUGGUGCACACCAGCAGAAAGGACUCUAACUCAGCUCAGGAGGGGGAAGAGGAGGCCACACCUCCUGUUCCCCAACCCAAGCACACCAAGGUCCCACCAGAGACCAAGCCGAAGUUGACCAGCCCUCCACCGGUUCCUGCUUCUGUAAUCAGGGAUGAGGAGGAUGAAGGGGACCGGAUCAUGGCAGAACUCCAGGUUUUCCAGAAGUGCACUGUUAAGGAUGUAGGGCUGAAAAAUUUGGUUGAGCCCACACCUCGAAUUGAACCGCAAAUCAAAGAAAUAAGACCGGGGGUGCUAUUGCCUCUGAAAGAGAAAAAGCAGAACUCAGAGCCCAGUCGAGAAGAUAAACCUCCUGACACAGAUGAAAAUGGAAAUACGACUGUCUGUCAGAGCCAAGGGGUCAUUUACUAUGUUACUGGACAGAUUCCCAAAGAUCAUCCAUCACCAUCUGGAUCUGAGGAAACCCCGGAACACCAAGAACCCACACAACCUCCAUCACAGGUGUCCAAUGUCAAUGUUAAUGACAAAUCUCCAAGCCAACAACAGCUACAGCAACCACUGUCAGAGCCACCCAAAUCACCCCCACCAGUAACACCCCCACCCAUAUCACCCAAGCCUGUGGGACUGAAUGGAUUCAAACUUUCCAAGAAGCAUGUAAAACGCUCCAGCACAGAAGUGGCCAGAGGGAACAAACUUAACACUGAAAAGAAAUACAAAGUCAUCAAGGAACAGAGUUCUUCCAGUAAGAAUAUAAUAUCAGAGUCUGUGCAUCCUUCAACAGCCAGUACUACAAGAGAAGGGCCUAAAAGGUCAGUUGCUCCACCAAAACAGGAUCCAGUUGAGGACAAUAAUCCAUCUAAAUCAAACUUUGAGAGGGUCGACGAGGAGGCUACUCUUAGUCCCGACUUACCUGGAGAAGAGGCACCUCCACCUCCAGACAACAUAGCAUUUAUGAUCACAAAUACCAAGGUUCAGGCAUUGUCUUGUGGAGAGUACCAGGAACUGGUCAAUGCCAAGAAGGGAAGUGUCCAGACUGUUACUGUAGGUAAUGCCACAAACCGAGCAAACUCCACAGAAGAUCCCACUGUACCACAGGACAACAGCUUCAGCAAAAAGCCAGUCAUCAUUAUUUUUGAUGAGCCAAUGGAUAUUCGUUCAGCAUACAAGCGCCUGUCCACCAUAUUUGAGUGUGAGGAGGAUCUUGAGCGGAUGCUCUCACAAGAGCGCAUUGAUGAAGAGAGUGAAGAGUCAGACUCUGAGAGGGGUGGUAAGCUACAGGUAACAGCUGCAAAGACCGAUGUGGUUGAUGGGAAAAAGGUCAGUGGUGGUACUCGUUCUUCACACAGCACUGCAGACCACACUGGCUCAUCAUCUUCAUCUUCAUCUUCAAUCUCAGAACUAACCGACAAUGGAGUACAUUUGGAGACCAAUGGAGACAACAAGCAGGAUGGAAAGAAGAAAUUCAAGUUUAAGUUUCCAAAGAAACAGCUUGCAGCUCUGACCCAGGCCCUUCGCACUGGCACCAAGUCAGGCAAGAAGACUCUACAGGUGGUUGUGUAUGAAGAUGAGGAGGAAUCAGACGGUACCAUCAAACAGCACAAAGAGGCAAAGAGAUUUGAGAUUGAGCAUCCAAAAUCCUCAUCAGAGACGCCCAAGCCAACAGGCCCAGCCCUGCUUAAGAGAGAGAACUCAGAAUUGCUAUGCAGGACAGACGAGAUCCGGAAAAACACCUACAGGACACUUGACAGCCUAGAGCAGACCAUCAAGCAGCUGGAGACAACUAUUAGUGAGAUGGGGCCGCUCUCCCCUGAUGGGCCACUCUGCAUGGAAAAGGCUAAAGCAGCAAAUUUGAAAAGCUCAGAAAGAGUGGGGAUGAAGAGGUCUUCUUCUCUCCCUACUUCCAGAGGAUCUGGCAGUAAAGUUGCUUCACCCAGCAAAAUUUCUUUGCAGAAGAAAACCAAACCCCAUCUUCUUCCUCGCCCUGUAGUCAUCCCUAAGACAUCCACCACCACUGUCCCCAGUGCCCCCAGCACCAUACAACAGAACACCAGUGUUGCUUCUCCCACUAGUCGGAUGCCCGUCCCUUUAUCGGCGAAGUCCAGGCAGUCGCCGGGUACAACUGACAAAGCAGGAAAACAGCAAAAACUACAGGACGCUCAGAGGCAAUUUCGACAGGCUAAUGGAAGUGCUAAAAGAGUGGGAGGGGAUCAUAAAGCUACUUCCCCUACUACACCCGUUUCUAAAAUCCCUGCUUUUUAUCCUAGCUCUGCUAAAGGCAGCUCCCAGUCUGUGCAAAACUCAGAUGCUACUAAUACCAUUAACUCUUCUUCCUCCCCUGUGACCAAGUCCUCCUCCAUCCUGUCCUCUCACACUCCUCGUUCUGGUUCUGUACCCUCCUCCCACAUCCCUUCCCUGUCUAACGGAUCCCUCAAACUCCCGACACCCUCACAGCACACAGGUAAAGCUGUCUCGUUCUCCUCGCAGAAUGGUCGAGUGCACGCCUCCUCUUCAUUCUCCUCCUCAUCCUCCUCCUCCUCCUCCCCCUCCCCUCUGUUGCCCACACCUUUGGGCCAAGGUGGAAAGAGCAUCCGUACCAUACACACCCCCAGCUUCACCAGCUACAGGUCCCACAACGACAGCAGCGGCAAAGCCUGCAUCCCAGCAGCCACAGCAGCUAAGGAUACUACUUAGCCUCAUUAACGCCCCCCUCUGGCUUCACAGCAUCACAGGUAGAUCUUGUCAUGUUUCAUUUUAUGGCUUCCUGAUGUUUUUGUUUUUUUUUUGGUAAACAUUUUAAACAACGCACUCGUCAAUUAUGUUUUAUUCGACACUGGCAUUGUCAUCCUUUUUUUAAUCUCAUUUGGCUUGCAGUUUUCAAUUUUUAAUGUUCUUUACUUGCAGUUUAACUCUAUGUGGAAGGUGCACCAGAUAUACUGACAAAAUAUUUUGCAACGGAACUUUAGUUUAACCACUUUUUAGUUGAAGUGGAAGUGCUGUCUUGGUGUGGAGAAUCUAUUUUUCUUGCUGUAGCUAUGAAUAGGGAUUAAUUGUUGUACAAUCACAAAGAAAUCACAAAUGUAAAAAAAGAAAAAAAAGUUUUAUUUUUCAAACCAGAGAACGAAUAAUCAUAUAUUUAAUCUUCUAUAUUUUUUAUGUUGCUAGACAUUUAACACAGUCCUUGUAUAUGCCUUGUAUGAAUGUAUACAUGCUGUAUACAGAGUUUUAACAUUGAACACAUGAAUUCUGGUUUUUUAAAGUAUUUUCUCAUCACUACCCAUGUGAACUGCCAAUUUCUUUUAUGGAUCUGUAACACCAAUACUACGACUUUUGGAAAUUUUCUUUUAAGUGUGCCUAUUUGCCAAAGUUGUACAAUAUUAAACUUCAAGUCGAACAUAGUCACGAGAUUUCGGAGAAUUACACGUGCACUCUUUUGGUGUGACGGCUGACGUGUUGACGGCACUGCUGGUCUUUCUUAAGUUAACAUUUGUUGUUGUCUAAAUGUAAACUGUACUAAAACAAAGUGAUGAAUUGGUUCUACCAUAUGUACAUAGAUGCUUCUACUAAGAAAACAAGUAGUUUUGUUAACUUACCUAAGUUUAUUUGUAUGCAUGUCUUUCAAAUGCUUUAGGUGAGUGGUGUAAAAGAAGAAUUAUGUUUGCACAUGUAGUUUUGUAAAUAUUUGGUUUUCUCUCAUUUUUUGUAAAGCUUUAAAAAAAAAAUCACAUUUUAACAGAGUAAUGUGGUGAAGAUAAAACUGUGUUGGAGUAGAAACAAUAAAGACUUGUCUUGCAUGCUUUUA